UAUAUCUAUAUCUAUAUAUAUAUAUAUAUAUAUAUAUAUAACUAUUUAUGGAUGAAAUUUGUAAAAUGGAAAACACCAAAGAAGAUAUAUACGCGUGCCCUAGCUUUAACAGCUAUUCAUCAGACAGAUUAGCGGAAAUCGCCGGUGAAGUGGCGGCGGAGGAGAAUACAAACGACGCCGCACAGGGAGACCACAGCUACGACGACGAAGAUUUUGAGUUCACUUUGGUAAGCGAGGGUAAGGAGGUUUCAGCCGAGGAUUUCGCCGGCGACGGCCGAAUCGGACCGAUUUUUCCGGUAUUCAACCGUGACCUUCUGCGGUACAACGACGGCGGAAAUAGCCGAUUGGAAUCGAGAAUCGCCGUUCCGCUGGGUAAGCUUUUUAUUGAGGAUCGCGACGGUGAUGAUCCUCAGUCGUGCUCGUCGUCGGAAGCCGACGAAUUGGAGAGUGUUCCGGCCGGUACGUACUGCGUUUGGCGGCCGAAAGCUGCCGAGCAGCCGUCUCCAAGCCAUUGUAAGAAGAGCAAAUCCACCGGAUCUGCGUCGAAGCGGUGGAAGUUUCGCGAUUUGCUGCGGCGGAGCAAUAGUGAAGGAAAGGACAGUUUCGUCUUUUUGACACCGAAAAAUCGGGAGGAAAAAUUAUCUCCGGAAAUUCCGAAAAAAGCGAAGGCGAAGGUAGGUGGCGGCGGCGGCGGAUCCGCCGCCGUGAGGACGGGGGGAUCGCUAUCGGCGCACGAAGCGCUGUAUGUACGGAACAGAGCGGUGAAGGAAGGGGAUAGGAAGAAAUCGUAUCUACCCUACAGGCAAGACCUGGUAGGGUUUUUCGUCAAUGUCAAUGUGAACAACUCCGGUAAAAGUUACCUACACUUCUAGAAACUCUGGAUUAACACUUGUGAAUUAUUUUUGUUUUUUCUAUUAUCUAUUUUUUCAUAUCAAAAUUGUAUAUGCUUGCCAACAAUUACCCGGGAUUGUACCUUGUAUUGUGAUUAUUGAAUGAUUAUUAUAAUACAUUGCAAAUGCUUUUUAACUCCA